UUUUCUCUGUCUUUUUUUCCGCAGCUAGGGUUUGAUUUCUUGAAUGCUUUGAUCCCCUCUCCGGAGCUAGGGUUUCCUCGUGGUCGAAUCCAUGGCGAUGCAAGCUGGAAUGGGGCUCUCCAAGGUCUUCCUAUUGGUUGGAACUGGUUUUGCUGGCUCGAUCAUGCUCCGGAACGUAAAGCUAUCUGACAUCCUGUCCGAGCUUCAGACCUUGCUCAAGGAGAAGUCCGCAGAUAACUCCGGUGACGAAUCUGAGUAUGGCGAAGUUCUUGCUAUGCAGGUGAAGCGGUUGGCCUUGGAGGUUAGACAACUUGCUUCUGCACGUCCUAUUACUGUUCUUAAUGGAAGUUCUGGAAAUAUGGCAUCACUUGCGGUGCCGGCAGCAACCAUGGGGGCAUUGGGGUAUGGAUACAUGUGGUGGAAGGGUAUCUCUUUCUCUGAUCUCAUGUAUGUUACCAAACGUAAUAUGGCCAAUGCUGUUUCAAGCAUGACAAAACAUCUGGAGCAAGUUUCUGCUGCUCUAGCUGCAACAAAAAAGCAUUUGACACAGCGAAUUCAGCACUUGGAUGAUAAAUUGGAUGAGCAGAAGGAAAUGUCGGUGGAAAUAAAGAAUGAGGUUACUGAUGCUCGCAACAAACUUGAGAAUAUUGGUUUUGAAUUGAACUCACUCCAGCAGCUUGUUUGGGGUCUAAAUGGGAAGGUGGAUGCAAUGGAAGACAAGCAGGAUUUCACUUGUGCUGGCGUCGCAUAUAUCUGCAAUUUCAUUGGAGAAAGAGGUGCAAAAUUGCCUGAUUACCUGCAGGAUUUGCCCAAGCCUUCUGGAAAGCGCCUUUACAUUAAUCAUGGAGACGGAAUUUUGAAGGGUCUUCAGCACAUAGCAGAAUCUGGAAAUCUUGACGAGUCCAAAAUAGAUGCGGGCUUGCAAAAUGAUUUGGACCUGAAGGGAGUGUCCAGGACUGCUUCCAUAAAGUGGUGAUGUAGAUUGUUAUGUUAACCCAAGUCCAAUGAAGCAUGUAGGCCACUCUGCUAGAAGUGGACCAAGUGAAUCACUGGCGUAUUAAUUACUCUAUUCUUGUUACUGUGAGUUGUGAGAGACACUGUAUAUACCGUCCACACUCCUCUACUGGAUUUGUCGCGUACAAGAUUUUAAAAAUAAGGGUGUUUCUCUUCCUUGGCUUAACUGUUGGUAGGUUACUCAUUUUGUUGAUCAAGUUUACUUGAGUUUAUCAUGAAUAUAAAUUGAACUUGUUAUA